UGCGAGGUAUAUGUGGGUGCCGGUCGGCUCCAGCUUACACAGUUCGCUCUAGCCCGUGCCAGGUUCGGCGUUGUCCGCCGCCCGGAAGCGUCCCGUCUCGUCGGCUCGCGUCGCGUCCUCUCGGCCGGAGUCGUCGUCGAUCAGCAGCGAUAUCCAGACUAAACGGGAUCUCCAGCUGACCGUGUUGCACAGGUAGGACUGUAACCCGCCACCUGGAGCGGAAUCACCGACCCGGGAUCGCUUAACUCCGCCUGUGUGUCAACCCCCCGGGCAGUCGUGUUUCCUCGCGGUCGACGGGACUGGGACCGGUGUUGACAAAUCAGUGUGAGUUAUCGAAUUUAGGGAGAGCCAUGAAGAAGCUCCGUCGAGGUCGUCGCGUCGUCGCAGCCGCUGCCGUCGUCGUCGUCACGAAGAACGGCCUCCCGGUGUCGCGAUAGUGUGUGCGCGCCGAUGUCGUCAGUGUUCGUGAGCCUCGUCGCCGAGGCUAGAAGCAGCAGUGUCAUCACCACCGUCGCCAACGACGUCUCCACGCUCGAGGACACGCGCUCGAGGACACCCACUGAUCGCGCACGAGAAUAAUGAGAAUCAACGCGACGAAGAUGACCACUCCGAUCGAGGAGAAGAUUGACCAGAAGCUGAAGGGUAAAGAGAGAAAGAUGGAGAACAAAACAAAGAGAAAACAGUACGAAUGACAUCGAUUAUUUUCGCGCUGCUACGUCGAGCGGACAUUGAAGAUUACUAUUAUAGAAAGAUCGAAGGAGUAACGAGAGAGAACGGUGGCGCGAUACACGAUGAUAUUCAGCACGCCGGAUGCCUCGAAAAGCGCAAUGCAACGAUAACGCGACAGUAUCCGCUAUCGAAAUUGGUCGCGCCAAUCGCUCCUUUGCUGUUCAAUUUUGCACAACAUGCGGAAUCUGGAAAUCUGCUCGUUCUCGCGCAGCCAUCGACACGGCGUCUGGAGAAUAGUACGGACGGGGAUGGUGACGGUCAGCGACGGGAAGAGCAAGCCCGUACCGAUGCGCUUGCACCUGUCUAUGGAGGUACUGAAGCUCCAAAGAGAAGAUCUGGAGCAGGCAGCGAAUCACAAUAAGCCACCUUUGGAUGCGAAGGAGCGCAUGGUGCAGAUCACCAGGUCAAAGAUCGGGGGUCUGGGGCUCAGUAUAAAAGGCGGAGCGGAACAUAAGCUUCCAGUGCUCAUAUCCAGGAUCUAUAAGGGUCAGGCGGCCGAUCAGUGCGGCCAGCUUUUUGUAGGGGACGCAAUUAUCAAAGUGAACGGGGAGUACAUCACGGCGUGCAAUCACGACGACGCUGUUAAUAUCUUGAGGAACGCCGGCGACAUAGUGGUUCUAACGGUCAAGCAUUAUCGAGCCGCCAAGCCGUUUCUGCAGAAGAAUGACAAAGAAGAGAAACUCGAUAACGUCGCAAAUGCGGAAGACGGAUGGAUAUCGCCCAAUAGGCAAGGCAGUCCUCGAUGCAGCCACAGUCGACAGAGCUCGAACGCAUCUUCCACUUCGAUGCAGUAUAAGAGAUGGGUGGACGUCAUUACAGUUCCGUUGAUGAUGGCAUACGUGACGAGAUACAUAUUCGGCACGGACAAGUUGAGGAGAAACGCAUUCGAAGUGAGAGGUCUCAAUGGGGCGCGCACGGGCGUGAUACAUUGCGACGACAGUGCUAUUCUCAGUCAAUGGUUGAAAUAUAUAACUGAUAACAUUACAGGAUUGACGCACUUGCAGAUGAAACUGUAUAAUCGUAAUUUCGGCGUCGGCGAGCGUAUAGAGUAUAUGGGCUGGGUGAACGAGGCGGUAAGCAAUAGCAAUCAACCGUGGCAGAGUUACAGACCGAGAUUUUUAGCUUUGAAAGGACCUGAUUUGUUGUUGUUCGAGACACCGCCUUGCAAUAUAGGCGAUUGGUCACGCUGCGCAUUGACUUUCAAAGUUUACCAGACGAUGUUUCGCGUGAUGCGAGAGUCGGAGAACGUGGACGAGAGGCAGCAUUGCUUCCUGGCGCAAAGUCCGGGGAAACCGCCGCGAUACUUGAGCGUUGAGACUAGACAAGAGUUGCUGCGGGUCGAGGCGGCCUGGCACACCGCUAUAUGUUCGGCUGUCACGCAUUUAAAGAGCAAAACAUUCCCAGUAACGUUCAACAGCAGAACCGCCGGUCUAACGUUGGAGUGGACUCAAGGAUUCACGUUGUCUUACGAAGGAAUCGGAGAGAUCGCGUGGCGUUACAAGUUCUCGCAACUGAGAGGAUCCAGCGACGACGGUAAGAGCAGGCUCAAAUUGCACUUCCAAGAACCGGACAGCAUCACUAUCGAAACAAAGGAAUUGGAGUGUUCCCAGUUGCAAAACUUGUUGUUCUGCAUGCAUGCGUUUCUGACGGCGAAGGUAGCCGCGGUAGACCCCACAUUUUUAACGUCGACCACUCCGUAAAGAGAUGUAACAUAGAUAUAAUAUUGAACGUUAUUGCCGACGAAUUACCAAGUGGAUCAGAUCUUGUGUUCUGUUGUCGUUGUGUACGGAUUAGAUAGAGCGUGUGCGCUAAAAAAAGAAGAGAAGUCUGCCGCGUGGCGGAGGUGAAAGGUGACAGGAACUAGUCAAUAUAUCCAAAAGGUAUUUUUAUCGUUUACAUAUAAAAUCACGCAAAGCGGUACUACUUUACUCAUCCUACCAAGCCAAUUUCACUAGUACGUAUAUGAACCUAACGGCUAUCAUAGUAUUGUACGCAUCUAGAUAAGAAUUCGCCGGAGUUUCUAGGGCAGCGACAGCGUGCGGCAUCUAUGGAUGAUCGCCCGACGACGAUGCGAUUACAUUGUUUAUUCUUUUGCUACACGUAUUUUGUGUCUUUUUUUUAAUCAUUUUUGAGAGACACAAUCUCGUAUAUCUACGAUUUUAUACGUAUUUAGUAUGUAGCGAAUCACACACGCUGUGGAUAUACUUCAAUGCGAAAUACCCUUUUUGCAGACGUAUCUCUCUUGGUUUUGCGCUUUGGUUGAUAUAUCGUAUGUCUGAGAUUAUAGAGAUUUACAGACGACCAAUGCGCCGGUUCAUGAUUUUUAAGUUACGAUGACGAAUCGGUUCUCUUUCUCUCUUUGUUUCUUUUUUAGUUAUAAGAGAUUAUUUAUGUACACCUUAAGUAUUGUAUUGCAUACCGUACAUAUAUAUCAGGUGCCUUAAAAACCAUGAACAAGGAGUAGCUAAAUUAACGGAGGCAUCAAAAUUUCCGUUUCAGCGAGGAGAAUCAUCGCGCAUCCAUACUUAGAGUAUCGAUGGAAGAACAUCGUUGCAGUUCAAUAAAAAAAUUUUUGAUUUGCGUUUUAAGGAUACUUUGGAGUGCGAAUGAAUUGGAAAAAAAAAACAGUAUUGAUUCGUCCAAUGCGAUAAAACGUUGAGGAAGUAACAAGUUAUACAGCCCUAUAGCAAUAAAACUGUAAUCUACAAUUAGAUGGCUCACACUCUUGAACGUAACUCAGAUAUCGAAAUAGUUUGUUUAUCGAUUCAGUAUUAUCGAUGGGGGCAAUGAUAAGUUCUACAAAAUAAGGGUGAGCGCCAUCAACAUCGAGCUAAUUGCUGAAACACUCGUGAACGUUAACGUACUUUCCCGUAUUAUUAAGCGCGACUGCUUUUACUUAUCAUUUAACCAGUAAUUCACGAAAUUCGUUCGCAUGGAUAAUUCCGAUAUAAUUGUGACAAAGCCUCGCGAUGCACCGAAAGCUUAUUUGAUACUUAAUGGAUAUUGAAUCACGUCACUCGCGUUCCAACAGGUCUAUAGUGUGUCUUCAGAAAGUGUACCAAUUAUAUCUUUCCAAUCAUUAGCUGUAGUGACUUAGAAUUAACAUCUGUAUAUUGAGUAUCUUAUCUUGGUUCGCAAUUAGAUGUAAAGCAAUAAAUCCAUAAUGAACGAACAACUAGGACAAACGCAAGGAUAAGGCGGUAGAAUAUAAACGUAUUAUAACAGAACUGCGUAUACAGUAAUAAGUAUGAGAGCCGAAAGAAUAUCAUUAUCGAUAGCAUCCGCAAGAAUGUUGCACGUUUUCCAAUGUCAGCCUAAUAAUUCUCCUUCAUGGAUGUAUUGUGACACAUAGAUAACGCGAAACUUUAACUUUAAAUUUUAACGUCGAGGAGACCGUCGCGGCUUUUGGUUUCUAUCGUGUAUCCUGAGAGUCUACGGUUACUCGUAGAAAGUGCCUACAAAGUAACAUAGAGAAUGUAAAAAAAAAAGAAGAAAAUCCGCUUCUGUUAUAUUAAAGCGUGGUCUAAUGCCGAUUGUACUUUUCUAGUCUAAAGCGUGUCAGAGAGUUACGCGAUACUAUGGCCAAGGCGUUUCAUAUCGCUCAUCUCUCGACCGCGAGAUCCUAAAUUCUCAUUCAGUGAUAGAGAAGAAAAAUAAAAAAGAGAAUAUCGUCAUUUCGAUGCAUCCGUUGCCGUCAUUGUAUGAACAACAUGUAUCGCGUGAAAAUGUAUCUGUCUGCAUAUUUCUGAAUUUUAUUCAUCUCAGAUCGACAUAAUAGAUAUAAUGUAGUGUAGUGUAAUAAGAAAUUAAACAAUAUACAUAUACUCGCUCUUGAAUUUGAACGCAGAGUGAUUUCAACGAUAAGCAUAUUGAAUUUACGUUUCCGUUUAAACAAAGUUUGAUUAAAAUCAAUCGAGAAAUAAGAUUUAGUUAUUUACCAUUUACACUCUCGACGCUUAAUUCAUUGCAAUUAUUUAAUCUUUAAUAAAAGAAUAUUUUUCUUUUUAUAAUAUGAUUUCGUUGGGAACCUCUACGUUUAAAACUGGGAGCUUAUCAAGAACUGCACAAUUAUAUUACAUAGAUAAGUUAGUUAAGGAAGUAUGGAAUGAAGCUGAACAAAUCUAAAGCGCAAUUAGGUCUAGAUUAUAUUUGUCGAAAUUGUAGGUCUUCUUUCUUUCUUUCUACACAGUUGACUGUUAGAGGAACUUAAACAUGAUACGUUUAUAUUUUGUUGAUGCUUACAAAUUAUCGUUUAUUUAUUGCGUAUCUUACAUUUGUUAAAUUAAAGAUUCUUAAUUAAACAUUUUAAUUACUAUGUAAUCAGACUUGUGUGAAUUAAUUUAUUAAUUUAUCAAUAUAUUACAUAUAUAUCAAUAAUACAUAUAUAUUUAUUUAUUUUUUUCAAACGAUUCGUUUGUACUACUCUCCAAGAAUUCAGCUCAUUCCAUGAGUUAUGCAAUAGAAUAGUUGUAUAUAGCAUACUUGGGCUGCAAACUCGCUGAAUAUUUGAUUACUUUCGCUAAGCGUCCGCAAUUCUCGUUCUCAUAUAUUCUACUCAGAUUCAUUUACCAAAUUCAUAUUUCUUUCUUCCUUCGUGAUUCGUGCAUAUCAGUACGAGGUGGAAGAGCGAGCUCGCGGCGCCGGCUAACAUCAACAUCGGAAUCUUAUACUUCGAAAUAUAGUUUAUCUGUUAUAAUGUCUAUCCCCCAUUGACAAUAUGUUCUAAAAUAUAUCAUUGUUAGAAGUUACAAAUCCUA